AUCGUCGGAUACGAAUAUCUUUCCUUCGUCUUUUCGGGGAAAGGGGGUAUAGUAACCUCCCAAAAGCACGAAACGCAACUUUUGCAGAAUGAAACAGCAAAUCGAAACAAAAAUUCAGCACUGUAAUUCCUGCAUGCUGAAACAUUCAGAACUCAACUUCAAUUUCAGAUUCAAUUCCACCUUUGACCUUUGAAAAAUUGAAAGCAUUGCAUGCAGCUCUCUAUUUUUUCGGAACCCUAGCGUAGAUUAACAGGACCUUCUUCUCCAGGAAGAAAUAUGGCUGAUUCUGAUACCAAUUACAAUGAACCAUCAAAUAUUUCAUCUCUCGCUACCAAUGCUAAUACACUUAAUGACCCAGGAAAUGAUGUGAAGUUGAGUUCUAGGGCCCAAAGAGAGGCUCUGCCAGGUGAGCCUAAGUGCAUUAUCUGUGGCCGCUAUGGUGAGUAUAUAUGUGAUGAAACUGAUGAUGACGUUUGCAGUUUGGAAUGCAAACAAGCACUACUUUGUAGAGUUGCCAAAUCCUUGGCUCCUGCUGGAGGUCUUCCACUGCCUAAAAAGAUUCCUGGAGCUGAUGAGUGCCUUUAUGUUAGAGAUACUGAUUACGAAUCAGGAACUCCGUCUGUGGCUAGUGAUGAGGCUGAAUUGCUUAGAAAGAAGCUUGACAUUCAUGUGAAGGGUGAUGUUGUAGCGCCAGUGUUGUCAUUCGCAUCCUGUAAACUUCCUGACAAGCUCCUCCACAAUAUAGAAGCUGCAGGAUAUGACAUGCCUACACCUGUCCAGAUGCAAGCAAUCCCUGCUGCUUUGAUGAGAAAAAACAUGCUUGUUUUGGCUGAUACAGGAUCUGGGAAGUCUGCUUCAUUUCUUAUUCCGAUAAUUUCUCGUUGUGUGAGUUAUCGUCGGCAGUUUGUUUCAGAUAAGAAGCCUUUAGCUAUGGUGUUAACACCUACCAGAGAGCUCUGUAUACAGGUUGAAGAUCAUGCUAAAUUGCUUGGAAAGGGGUUGCCUUUUAAAACUGCACUUGUGGUUGGUGGCGAGGCCAUGGCUGGACAACUCUACCGCAUUCAACAAGGUGUGGAAUUGAUCGUGGGAACCCCAGGAAGGCUUGUUGAUCUUUUAAUGAAGCAUGAGAUUGACUUAGAUGAUGUGAUGGCUUUCGUUGUGGAUGAGGUUGACUGCAUGCUGCAAAGGGGUUUUAGAGAUCAGGUCUUCCAGAUAUAUAGGGCUCUUUCACAACCUCAGGUCUUGAUGUAUUCUGCAACAAUGUCUAAUGAUAUAGAGAAGAUGGUUUACUCUCUGGCAAAAGGUACAGUGGUUAUAUCUGUUGGAGAGCCUAAUAGACCAAAUAAGGCUGUGAAGCAGCUAGCUAUUUGGGUUGAGUCAAAGAAAAAGAAACAGAAACUAUUUGACAUUUUGGUGAGUAAGAAACAUUUUAAGCCACCUGCUGUUAUAUAUGUGGGCUCCAGACUUGGGGCAGAUCUCCUGGCAAAUGCAAUUACAGUUUCCACAGGAAUUAAAGCUGGUUCAAUUCAUGGGGAGAAAUCUAUGAAGGAAAGGAGAGAUAUAAUGCAGUCCUUUUUGGUGGGUGAGGUUCCAGUGGUUGUGGCUACUGGAGUUUUGGGUAGGGGUGUUGAUCUAUUGGGUGUAAGACAGGUAAUUGUAUUUGACAUUCCAAAUUCCAUUAAGGAGUAUGUACAUCAGAUUGGAAGGGCGUCUAGAAUGGGUGAGGAAGGUCAAGCCAUAGUAUUUGUGAAUGAGGAGAAUAAGAAUGUUUUUGCAGAGUUAGUUGAUGUUCUAAAAUCUGCUGGAGCAGCUGUACCUCGGGAGCUUGUCAAUUCACAAUACACCACAGGAUUUUUCUCUGGUGGCAAGGGUUCAAGGAAGAGAAAGCAUGCAUGGUGAAGUUUCUUGUAACUUAAUUCUAGCCUUAAUUUUGAUGUUGUUAACUUAGAAAAUGGCUCUAGAAACUACAAGUGCAGUUUCACUUUUAAAAGAUGAAUUUUUUUCAUAAAAGUAUAUCACAUUUUCAUGUUUGAAGGUUUUGUGACAUCACCACGAUAGACGCUUGUAUGCUUUUAAGAUUAGCAGAAAGUCUCAGUGAUGUUUUAGCCUGUAAAGGUUGAGAUAAGAGAAACGGAAGAUGUCUAAGUGCUUGUGAUCAUAGUUAGUUAUUAUAAUUUUAUGAUUUGCUAUUUGAAUAAUACAAUUUGAUAUGAUUUGACUACCCAAUGGUUUGUAUCAUAUGAUGAUGAAUUGUAAAUGAUUGUAUCACUGAAAUGAAUCACUUGUCAACAAUUCGUUAC